AUGUUCCAAACGAACUGCUCAACAGAGGUUAAUGAGCAUGGAGGUUCCAAAAACGAUUUGCUGAUGCUCUUUCCCAAACUCAGCUUGAUCCCGUUCCUCACAUGGUACAUGCGGAUGCCAAGAGGCUGCGACGGUGUUACUCAAUCCCCGUUGAACCGGUAUCCAAGGUGUUCGACGACGACGACAACCUCCUCAUUGAGACCAUCGUCUGCCUCGGAUUCCCCACCACCCUCAUUUGCGCCUCCCUAUUCUGCAAGCGCUGGCUUUGGCAUGCCUCCGACCCCGCUAUCCUCUGUCGCUUCCAGCUCGACGCCGUCAUUCUCCAUGCAAACUUUAGCUUGGACACAUACAAGGGCAUUAGAAUUCACAUUGUGGACUGUUGAAACGGCAACAUCUUCAUCUGCAGCAGGACAUCCUCAUGUAUAG